AGUACUGCGCAUGCGUCUUCCUUCUGCGCGCCGCCAUUCUCCGCUUCCCAGCGCUGUUUCUGGUGGUGGCUCCAGGUGGCUCCGCUUUGCCUCUCUGUGAGCUUCGAUCGUUAGGGUCGUUACCGAGUUCUCAGGACGACCAGACGCCUCACAGCUGGAAAAUGGUGUUGGUGUCAUUUGAAGACCUGGCUGUGGACUUCACCAAGGAGGAAUGGCAGAACAUGAAUCAUUCUCAGAGGACCCUGUACAGGGAUGUGAUGCUAGAAAUCUAUAGCAUCCUACUGUCCUUGGGGCACUGCAUUAACAAGCCUGAGGUGAUCUUCAAGUUGGAACAAGGAGCAGAACCAUGGAUGGUAGAAAAACCCCUGAACCAGAGCCUUCCAAUUGCCAACAGAAAGGAUGACCUUAUCAAAACCAACCAGAAAAGUGAAGAAGUAAAUUUGAGGGGACCUGAUGAAAUACCGCCUGGAGAGAAACCUCAUGGACCUAAUGUCACUGAGAACUCACUCCAAUACUUGGAACAUCUUAGUCAACAUCACCAGAUUCAAAAUAUACAGCAGGCUUUUGAACACAAUGGCCAAGGGAAAUGCUGUAACAGGAAGAGACUAUCCUUUGAAUGUGAGAGGAUUUGUGUGGAACAUACCUCUAAUAAAUCAACUGUCAUUUUAGGAAACAAAACACUGGUUGAAAGUAAAAAUUUCCAUAAAAAUGUCUAUCUCAGUAAAUAUCAGAAAGAAGGAGAGAAACUCCAUGGAUCUUUUGAGUAUGAUGAAUCUCUGAAUUACAAAUCAGAUCUUACAAUGUAUCAGAGAACACAUACGGGGGAAACUGUCCAUAUAUGUAAGCACUGUGGGAAAUCUUUCAGCUGUAAAUCCUGCCUUACUACCUAUCACAGAACUCACAUAGGGGAAAAUCUCAUUGAGUGCAUUGAAUGUGGGAAAAGCAUCUACCAGAAGUCAGACAUCUCUAGAGACCAGAGAAUUGCCACAAUGGAAAAUCUUCAUGAAUGCAGUGAGUGUGGAAAAGCCUUUUAUCAGAAGUCAUAUCUCAUUAAACACCAGAGAAUCCACACAGGAGAGAAACCUUAUGAAUGUAAGAUAUGUGGAAAAGCCUUUUAUCAGAAGUCACAUCUCAUUAUGCAUCAGAGAACUCACACAGGGGAGAAACCUUACAAAUGUAAUGAGUGUGGAAAAGCCUUUUCCCAGAGUUCAGUCCUCAAUAAACAUCAGAUAAUUCACACAGGGGAGAAACCUUAUAAGUGCAAUAUAUGUGGAAAAGCCUUUCGUUGGAAGUCAAGUAUCAUUAUACAUCAGAAAAUUCACACAAGGGAGAAAUCUCAUGAAUGCAAUAUUUGUGGAAAACCCUUUUGCCCCAGGACUGCCCUCAUUAGCUGUAAGAGAAAUCAUACAAAGGAGAAACCAUGAUUGUAACGAGUGUUGAAAAUCAUUUUACCACAGGUCUUCCCUCAUUAACUAUCAGAAUUCACACAAAAGAGAAACCUUAUGAAUGCAAUAUGUGUGGAAAAGCAUUUUGCCAGAAGUCUCAACCCAUUUCUUCACUGGAUUGUUUGUUUUGUUGAAUUUUUUUUUAGCUGUUUAUAGAUUCUGGAUGUUAAUCUUUUCUCAGUUGCAUAAUUUACAAAUAUUUUCUCCCAUUCUAUGGGUUGUCUCUUCUGUUUGCUGAGUAUUUCUUUUUUAUUGCAGGAGCUUCUCAGCUUGAUGUAAUCCCAGUUGUCAAUUGUGACUUUGAGUGCACAUACUUUAGGUGCCUUUUCCAGGCAGUCUUUGCCUGUGCCAAUGUCUGUAGAAUUUUUCCCAUGUUCUCUAAUGAUGUGGUGGUUUCCGGUCAUAGAUUUAGGUCUUUGAUCCAUUUUGAGUGGAUUUUUGUUUAAGGUGUAAGAUUGCAUCUUUUUCAGAUUUAGAUAGUAAGGUGAUGCAGGUUUCAUAAAAGGAGUUUGGCGGGGGGGUUCCUUUCAAUUGUUUUGAAUAGCUUGAGAAGAAUUGAGAUUAGUUCUGCUUUAAUGUCUGGUAGAAUUCAGUGAUGAAACCAUCUGGUUCUGGGCUUUUCUUUAUUGGGAGAGUCUAUAUUAUUAGUUCAGUUUCCAUCUUGCUUAUUGGUCUGUUUAGGUUUUCUAUAUCAUCAUGACUCAGUUUUCAUAGGUUGUAUAUUUCUUGGGAUCUAUCAAUUUCUU